UCGUGUUUCAACACUUGGCGGUGCUAGACGGCGAAUCAGGAUCCACUAUCAGGAGCCAGAAACUAUCGAUGCUAGCCGAAGUGUUGGGCUAUGGCUACCUGCUGGCCUACGUGAUCUGCCUGCUCUGCUGGCCAGGAGCGGCAUAUCCGGCCAGCAGUAGCUAUCGGGAUCUGGACAUCUGCAAUCACUGGGACGGGCGGCGGCACUUCCUCGAGCUGGGCAGUCCGGCCGGAGAGCUGCACGCCCGGAAUGUGACCACCACCGCCUAUAGGAGCUCGCCGCUGGGCUUCAAGAACGGUGCGGCGGCUGGGGAUGUGUGGUACCAGUGCAGCCUGGAGCUGGUCACCUGCGCCGAGUGCGUCAUCCGGGUGGCCUUCACCUAUGCGAACUUCUCGAAGAGCUGCGGCAACACGGGUGGCAAGUCCAGCAUGUGUCCCUGCGAGCACAUCCAGUUCUCGGAGCCGCCCUACGACUCCACCAUUUCCGGUCAGGAGUUCUGCGGGGAUGGCAAGGUGUUCCGGAGCAAAACUAGGACACUGCAGUUGAAGUUCUUCUACAGGACCAACAAUGCCCACGUCUUUUCGCUGCAAUACUUCUCAGAGCGCAACGUACGGAUUGUGAGUGGUUCCCCCAAGCAGAGCAUUGUGGGCAACGGGAGUGCCAAGUACUCAUCACCGCAGGUGAUCUCCACGCCGUACUUCCCCAUGCCAUAUCCCCGCGACUACGGCAUCGAGCACAUCCUCACCUGCGAGGCGGACAACUGCCAGGUGCGGCUGGACUUCACCGACUUCCAGCUCGGCCUCGCCUCCACCCUGGAGAUCUUCGACUCCAAUGGCCAGAUGCUGGACUCCUAUACGGGCGAGCACUUCCGUCCGCCCAUCACGGUGAGCAGCGGAAAGUCGCUACUCCUGCAGUUCCGUGGAAAUUCGGCCACCGGAGUGGGUUUCCGGGCCGAAGUUAGCUUUGUGUCGUCCAAGCAGCUAAAGGACGAACGACUGGUGCCCUACACAGAUUGCGGUGGAAUGGUCACCGGACCCGGUGGGGCCAUCACCAUGAUGAACAUGAUCGAAAAUGCCACGGACGUGCGGCUCUUCGAUUGCAUCUGGAUAAUCAAGCCCGGCAACAACUACAUGAUGAUGAAGACACACAUCUCACUGCGGGUGGACGACUUCUACGGAAUGGCCGCCCGCUCCGAGCUCACCAUCCGGCAGGGCACCACCUCCGAUGCCGUGGAGAUCGAGAACGUGAUGUGGCCGAACAAUGGACUGAGCAAGGAGAGCCAUGUGGCGCCCAUCCUCAAUGGCUACUACAUCCGCCUGCGCGGGGUAUUCGGGAUGUCCUCCAAACUGGCCAUCGUUUAUAGUGUGUUCAACUACUUGAAUUGCUACAUUGGCUCGGAGUUUUUGUGCGGGAACAACCACUGCAUCUCGAUUCGACUCCACUGCGAUGGCUUCGACCACUGUGGGGAUGGCUCAGAUGAGCCGGAUUCCUGCGAGGAGGACUGGGCCCACCUGCACCACGAUCGCCGCUGGUACUCCCACAAGCCCAACUACUACUUCCCCAAGAUAGACCAAUAUCCGGAUCUCAAGACGGCUACGGGCAUCUUUAUUAUCAGUACGCUGGGAAUCUUUGGUGUGCUUUCCGGCUGGAUGGUGAUCCUGUACAGGAUGGGGGUGCGAGCACGUCACCAGCGGGAACUGCAGAGUCACCUGCAGACGAUCAGUGAGCUGCUGGAUCGCCAGGACGAGGAUCGCACGCCAGAUGAGCCGCCGAGCUACGAGGCACCGCCCGAUUACGAGGAGGUGAUCAAGGUGGGAAUGCAGCAGGAGCUGAGGGAACCACGUCGCCAGCGUCGCGCCCGUCGUCCUCCGCCGCGUGAUCGGAGCUGCAGUCGCGCCGCCAGCAACUGCACCAUGCAAUCCGUGCUUCCAAUCCAUCACAGCUGCAGCCUGGAGCGGGAUCAGGAGCAGCCCAGUACAUCGGCAGCGGCCAUGACCCAUGCGGUGGCUGCCACGGACACCACCGAGGAUGCCGAACAGGUCCAGACGAUGGCCCAGCGGAUGCUCCUCGCCACGGCUAUAUGUGGCACUGCAGGCACGUCUCUCCCGGCAGCAAAGGAACCUGGGGUCCGGCUCCAAUCCGUGGGGAUUUCAGCGUGCCCGCCACCGCUAUCCGCUGGGGGUGAACUACCCCCAGCCGACGGAUGCGGGUCAGGGUCAGGGUCAGCCACGACGCCCGGUAGCACGGCGGAUGACUGCACCCAGGGAGGCGACUCCCUCAGCAUUUCACUCACUAUAGGCCUGCCCUCCACGUCGGCCGGGAGUCCGGUGACCACCGACCAGAACCAGAAUCAGAAUCCAAACCAGAGUCAAGAGCAGACCAGUAGCAACUGCACGGAGCACACGUACCUAAAGCGAUCGUGGUUGGUGGUGCAACAGGUGCCACCUGGCAGGGGCUACAGGGUCCAGCGACUGCGACACACCUUCUCCUCGCCCGAGGCCUUCACUGGCGACGAACUGCAUCUUCCGUAUCCGGAUUUCCUGAGCUAUGGCACCAAUCUUCCACACGAGCGGAGUAGCAGCAACUUCGGCUCGGAGCUGUCGCGGGAUCCAUCCAGUUAUAGUGUGGGAAAGCGAGCUCGCUUAAAUGCCGAGGAGGCAAGUGAGUCGGACACAAUCACCAGGGAUGUGGAGUACUCCAACCAGACCCUCCAGUCCCAUGUGAUGGAGGAGAGCCCGCCGAACCACAGCGAGAGUGAGAGCGAAGGGGAGCAGCAGGUGUCCUGCUUUGGAGCCGUAGCCCAGCGACCCAAGCGACGACAUCGAGCUCAUGUGAGGAGUCGAUCCUUUAGCAACACGGCAGGUGGCAGUGCCGGCAGAAGGCGGCUCAUCCAGCGCAGUUCAUCUGCUGAUCUUCUCAUGAACUAUGCGGCCAUGGUGGUAUCGACGCCACAGAAAAGAUCGGAGGGAGUGCAGCGGUUGUUCUUCAUCUAAUUUGGGGAAUGGGGAAUGUCCGUGGGAACGAUAGUAUUAAAGCCUAGUGUGAUUCUGGUCGGGAUCUGGUCACAGUUAAGCAGACCUGUUCCUCAUUCGAAUGUGAUUGACAAGAUGAUUAGCAAUACAAUAUUUUUGGCUGUUCUCAAACAUUUUGAGGAAAUUCUUUAUAAAUUAAAUUAUUAUGUUUAAUAUUAGUCAAAAUUUAAAUUGGGAACAGGUCUCAAAGUA